UCAUUACACCAAUACACCCCCUUCCAUGGAAUUAUCCAAACAGAGCUAAAUGGGGUUUGAAGAGUUGGAACCCAUCUUCGGGGAGUUGAAAGUGGAGUGGGCGACUAAGCAAUCGUCCGAAGAGUUGGAUCGAUUUUUGUUUCAUGUUCAUGCUAGCGCUGCCGAUACUUCUCGUCUCACAAUCCAUGUUACUGAUUUCCACUCCAACACUUGGGAGGCCGUACGAUCGGUUCUGCAGCUGGAGGACAUGAGGGAUGAUAUUGGAAUAGGAGGGUCUUGGUCUGAGUUUAUGGAGUAUGUCAUGGCAUCCUUAAAAUCUCAAGAUGUAAAGCUUAUUCUUGAUGGACAUUCUAACUCGAACAAUGGUGCUGCAAGUGCAAAGUUAGUUGCUCAGAAAUCAAAGGGAAUGCCGGUGAUCUCCAUUUCUCUUACAAAACUAUCAGGCCCUGCUGCUAGUGCUGCUAUUGCAAAUCUGUCUCUUCAUCUCUUCAGAGCAUUCAAAAGCACCCGUGAGUUAUUUGUCGAAGAGCAAAAUCGUUCUUUACUGUUGACAAAAGAGAUAUCUGCUGAGAGGGAAAAGAAUGAAAGCAUUCUAAAGCAAUUAGACCAGUCCAAGAGGCCAAAGUUACAGAGGAGUAACUCCACUGACAAAGCUGUUACUCCGGAGAAACAAGCAGCUCGAGAUACAGUAUCAACAAAGGUUACCAAUCGUGUUGUGCCUGCACAUCGAAGGGCUAGAGUCCGGGGCGUCCUUCUACAGGAUAUUGAAGAUACUGAAGAUGAGAAGAAGCAAUGAUAUCCGACAUUAGGACACUAUUUUUUUACAAAACAAAAGGUUCAGGUUAUAGCAAUAUAAUAGGAAAAAGAAGUUGAAAUAUACUUAAGAAAAAACACUAAAUUAUGGAAGAAAACAUUGUAGGUAGAUGUAGUUUCAUCUGAAGUUCUGAAGAAAUGAUUCUGUAGGCGUAUUUUUUCUGUAAAGGAACAUGUCUAUAUGUAAUGGGACCAAGAGGAUCAAAAGAUCCAUCAUCUUGAUAUAUUUAUAAGCCUAAAUAGUUUUUUCUUGGA